AUGAAACCAAACUGGUGGCCCGGCGAAGACCAUGAACGGUUCACCGAAUGGGCGCUCUCCCAGGGCAUCGAGGUGAACGGAGUCAGCCCGGCGCGAUUCCCCGGUCGUGGAUUAGGCAUGAUAGCCACACGCGACAUAGAAGAAGAUGAAGCCAUCGUCACCGUCCCACUGAAGGCGAUGUUAACCAUUGAGCGCGUUCCUGCGUCUUUCACCAGCAGGUUCCCCGCGGGAACCCCAGUCCACGCCAUAGUAGCCGCGUUCCUCACCAACGGCAACGCAGAGGAUCUCAGUCCGUAUGAGCUAUGGCGAAGAACAUGGCCCUCACGCCAGGACUUUGAAGACAGCAUGCCCAUUCUCUGGCCGUCGUCGCUACGAGUGCCCGGCGGUCAAGCAUCCGGGGCAACGGUGCUUCCGCCUUCGAUCUCGGGCGCGUGGAAUACCAUCACGAAACAGAAGCUCGAGCACGAGUACGAGACGCCUCACCAGAACCUUCUCCCGCAGCAGGAGAAGCGCCUCCAGCAAGCGUGGGACAGCGUGGUGGCUGUUUUCCCCGACACGGACUGGGAGAGCUUCUCGUAUCACUGGCUCAUUGUUAACACGAGGUGUUUCUACUAUCUGAUGCCCGGGGAGGAGCCGCCGGAGGACAGUAACGAUGCGAUGGCGAUGCUGCCCUUUGCCGAUUACUUUAAUCAUUCUGAUGUUGCGUGCAACGUCAAAUUUGAUGGGGAGAAGUAUGUCUUUCGAGCCACAAAACAUUAUGGUAUAGCAAUCCAUCCACUCAUGAGACAUGAAGAGUCUAAUUCGGAUACAGACGAAGGAGAGGAGAUCUACAUGAGUUACGGACCUCAUCCGAAUGACUUUCUUCUGACAGAAUGCAAGUACAUCCCGAUGGUCAUCCAUGUAACCAGGCCAAUAGCUAACACGCAAUAG